AUGUAUUCUAAGCCAUACACCAGGAGGAUAGACAACUUGCGGAUGCCGACGGGAUAUCAACCUCCCAAGUUCCAACAAUUCGAUGGAAAGGGCAAUCCAAAACAACACAUUGCACACUUCGUCGAAACAUGCAACAAUGCUGGAACAGAGGGUGACCACCUGGUGAAAAAAUUUGUUCGGUCCCUGAAAGGAAAUGCAUUUGAUUGGUAUGUAGACUUGGAGUCCGAGUCUCUUGACAGUUGGGACCAAAUGGAGCGAGAAUUCUUGAACAUAUUCUAUAGCACUCGUCGCACCGUGAGUAUGAUGGAACUCACGAAUACCAAGCAAUGGAAAGAUGAACCUGUUGUUGAUUACAUCAAUCGAUGGAGUUCAUUAAGCUUGGAUUGCAAAGAUAGGCUUUUGGAGAUAUCAGCAGUCGAGAUGUGCAUUCAAGGGAUGCAUUGGGGGUUACUCUACAUUCUACAAGGGAUUAAACCCCGCACGUUUGAGGAGCUAGCCACUCGUGCCCAUGAUAUGGAGUUAAGCAUUGCUAGCCACGAAGGAAAGCAUGAGCCCGUCAUCGAGCAUAAAAAUGAGAAAGUCUUUGGACAAAAGACAGAUAAGCCGGUCAAGAAGCCUACCAAGGAAGCAAUGACAAUCAACACUGUCCCGAUCAAAAUCUCCACCCGAGAUAAGAAGAGGGAAGUCAAAAGGAUGGAGUCAUCCCGAGAGGUAGAUAGACGUCGGUGCACCUUGAAGGAAUUGGAGGAGAAAACGUACCCCUUUCCUGACUCCGAUGUUGCAGGUAUGCUUGAGGAUUUGCUGGAAAAGAAGGUGAUCGAAUUGCCGGAAUGUAAGCGGCCUGAAGAGAUGAACCGGGUCAACGACCCUAAAUUUUGCAAAUACCACAAAAUUGUCAGCCAUCCAGUAGAAAAGUGCUUCGUGUUGAAGGAGCUAAUUAUGAACUUAGCUAGGCAAGGAAGGAUCGAGUUGGAUGUUGACGAAAUUGCAGAGGUGAACGUUGCCACAAUUGUGUUCGGAUCCUUUGAUCCGGUGCCGUUGCCCGUAUUGUCAAAAAGAUCGGAGUUUCAAUCUACAAGGGGCAUACACCAGAAGACUGGUCUAUGUACAAAAGAAAUGGUGGGCGAACCAAACAAUCAAUGUGGUGAUGGCUUUGUUGGUAACUCGUCUUUUGAUGACAAUGAAGGAUGGACGCUCGUUACUCGGCGGAAGUCUCGUACGAAGCGCAUUCCUCAAAGACAAAAUGCUCAAUCAAAGAAGGAGCGGCGAAAGAGAGGCUCGCACUAA